CUACACUGUUCCGGGGUCCUGAGGCGCCCAGGUGAUGCCUCUCUUUGUGGCUGAAUAACAAGAUGGCUCCCGUGCAGGAGAAGAAGAUCUUGGGCGCUGCCGGGGCGCCCGACACCAUUGAAAACACAAUUGAGGAUGAAGAGGGACAGAACCUAUGGUCUUCCAUUCUGAGCGAAGUAUCCACCCGCUCCUUGUCCAAGUUACCGUCAGGAAAAAACAUCUUGGUUUUUGGAGAAGAUGGCUCAGGAAAAACAACAAUUAUGGCAAAACUCCAAGGAGCUGAACACAACAAAAAUGGGAGGGGACUUGAGUUUUUGUACUUGAGUGUCCAUGACGAAGACAGAGAUGAUCAGACCCGGUGUAAUGUGUGGAUCCUGGACGGUGACCUCUAUCACAAAGGAUUGCUAAAGUUUGCCGCCUCUGCUGAGUCACUGACGGACACCCUGGUGGUUUUUGUGGCAGACAUGUCGCGGCCGUGGACUAUCAUGGAGUCUCUACAGAAGUGGGCCAGUGUCCUGCGUGAACACAUUGAUAAACUCAAGAUCCAGCCAGAGGAGAUGAGGCGGCUAGAGCAGGAAUUGGUGAAGCACUUCCAAGAGUAUGUAGAGCCAGAAGGGGCAUUCCAGGGAUCUCCCCAGAGACGAGGACCAGUAUCGGGGACAGACGACGAGGAAGUUGUCUUGCCACUCGGAGAGAAUGUACUCACGAACAACCUGGGCAUUCCAGUGCUAGUAGUUUGCACAAAGUGUGAUGCUGUCAGUGUGCUGGAAAAGGAGCAUGACUACAGAGAGGAGCACUUUGACUUCAUCCAGUCCCACAUCCGACGGUUCUGCUUACAGUAUGGGGCUGCCUUGAUUUACACUUCAGUUAAAGAAGAAAAGAACCUAGACCUCCUUUAUAAAUACAUUGUUCACAAAAUGUAUGAUUUCCAGUUUACCACAUCUGCCUUAGUGGUAGAGAAAGAUGCAGUUUUCAUCCCAUCUGGAUGGGACAAUGAGAAGAAAAUAGCUAUCUUGCAUGAAAAUUUCACAACGGUGAAACCUGAAGAUGCUUUUGAAGACUUUAUUGUAAAGCCUCCUGUAAGAAAGCUGGUGCAUGAUAAAGAAGUUGCUGCAGAAGAUGAGCAGGUUUUCCUUAUGAAGCAACAGUCCUUGUUAGCCAAGCAGCCUGCAACACCAACAAGAGCAAAUGAAUCUCCAGCAAGAGCUCCAACUGGAUCUCCUCGACCCUCAAGCCGCUCUGGACCUGCCAACGUAGCCAGUGUGUCUCCAAUGACGGCCGUGAAAAAACCAGAUCCGAAUAUGAAAGGUGCUGCAGCGAAUGAGGGAGUGCUGGCUAACUUCUUCAACAGCUUAUUGAGUAAAAAGACAGGCUCUCCUGGGAGCCCCAGCGCUGGUGGAGUGCAGAGCUCUGCCAAAAAAGCAGGGCAGAAGCCAGUUUUGACUGACGUUCAGGCGGAAUUGGAUAGAAUGACUCGCAAACCAGACUCCAUAUCGGCCAACGACACUUCCCCAACAGAGAAUGAAGACUGAGUGUACCUGCCACGUUGUCCACUAAAAAAAUACGACCAAAUUGUAACUGUAUACAAAUCCAAAACAGACAAGGAUUUUGUCUAAUGUGGCAGAUGGCGAUUUUUAUUUUUUUUUGGAAAGUCUAGGGGGAUAUUAGGGCAAAGUUUUUAAAGGGCUUCACCUGUAUUUUAAGGUGUACCAGGUAAUACAGUGUGUGCACUUACUGAAAGGUUGCAAAAUCCCUUGUCUGAAUGGCAUUUUAGCUUCUGAAAGCUCUUUAUACCCUCCCUGUGACCAGAAAACUGGUGUAGUUUUGUUGGCACAAUGGCCCUUGUGAAAGAAAGUACUUAAAAAAAUAAAAAAUAAAAUAAAAAGGAAAACUGGCCUAAAGUAUUUAACAUUUAAAAUAUCUGCAAAGUUAGUAAUAAUGUAAUGACUAUAGAUACAUUAUGGAUCAGUUUUUAUUUAUGUAUAAGUCCAACCUUUUAUUUUGUUUGUUUUUCAUUAAAAUAUUUUAAAGGAAAAGAAAGUUGAAUAGUUACACUAUUAAUCUCCAGUAACUUCAUGACACUAAUGUGGCAAAUGGAUUGACUGAUUGGCAUAUGAGGUUGUGCUGUACUAAAGAGCAGGGAAGUAGUUUCUCUAAAUGUAAUUCAGAUAUUACAACGUUAACGUGAGCUUAAUUUUCUUCUGAAUAAACAAUUAAACACAAAUCGUGAGAAAUAUAUUAAAGAAAAAAAUACAUUGUAAUGUUUAUCGUUUUAGAUUGUGUGAAGGAUAUUCAGUCUGCUGUUGAUGGGAGCGAAUCUAUUACCUGCUAUAGCUUCAAGUGCCUGGCACAGUUUACUGUCAUAGUGGGUGAUUGCCUCAAAUGUGCACUGUAGUACAAACAGUCUUUUUUUUUACUGGAUCUAUUUUUUCCUUUUAUUUAUUUUUUGUUUUGUAAUACCAAUCCAGUGGCUUUUUUUUAUGUUGGCCAAUACCAUUUGAAUGGUUUUUCAGUGGUGUAUUUUCUUUUAAAUGCAGUGAAGUUAACUAUAAAACACUCACUGCAACAUUUUAUUGUCUGAUGAGGACAUUCACUUGUGAAAGGACUGUGAGAUGACUGCGGGAUUAGUUCUGUGGGCUAACUGGGUCUUCAGCUGUUUUGGGUUUUAAUCCAGCAUUCUAGGUUGAGUGGUAAAACAGUUAGCUGGAAUAGAAUUAGCUGAAACAUAGCUUGACCUAAUAAGAUUUACAUCAGUAACAAUGGGAAAGAACAGAAUAUUAGGCUCAUUUCGGGGGUUAUAUUUUCUUUAAUUAUCAUUUGAACUUUUAGUCGUAAUUUAAUAUGUAUUUCAUACAAAUCAGUUGUAUCUGACAAUUCAUGUAAUGGUAGUGUGCCAUUAGUUCUAACAUUCCCAUUUUUAAAUGACAGUCUGGUGCACUACUUGCAAAACCUACCCCUUUAUUCUUCAGUAUAUAGAUUGGUAUCAACAGAGGUGAAUACAUUUUUGUCCAGGUGUAUGAAGGUCAGUUAAAACUGGUUAAACAGAAGUUCCCCGUACAGCUUUUGGCACUCCUUUUAAACCUCCCCACUUUCUCACUUGGGUUGGAUGAUUGUAAAUCUAAACAAUUUUUUUUUUUUUUUGUUAUGGAUUCCAAGUAAUAUGUUUUACUGACACUGUAAAAUAUCAGAAUGUUUAGGGUUACAAAAAUAACCUUGUUGUGAAGGUGUCAGGAUGUUUUUAUACCGAUUUUCUCUUGGGGUAUAUGUGUGUAGUUUGUAAAAAAAAAAAAAAAAAAAAAAAAAAAAAAAAAAAAAAAUCACUAUAGGCAAAUCCUUCUUAUCUAUCUAGAUGCAAGAAUAGUUAAGUGUGUGUUUGAUUUAGAGUCUUUCACAAACUGCUGUGUGUUGUACAUCCACCCUCACCCAGUCUUGAGUCGGGUAAAGCAGCUGAAUGCUUUUCAAUAAAAGAAAAUACUGUUCCUAAAAAAAUGAAAGAAAAUUGGAACCUGGAACCAAAGAAGUCCAAGUAGAAAUGGCCCAUCGUUUCAUCAGAUAGAAAUAUCUCUGGUCAAGAUCUGGAGUAGCCAUCAUUCCAAAUCUGAUUCUGUGGUUACUGAAAUGGCACAUGCGUUUAAUGUGUAAACACUACUGGUGUUGAAUUCUCUGUAAUAAUUUUGCUCUUAAGGGAAAACCACAAGUCAAGUUGUGCAGUCUGCUUUUUGUUGCAUGCACGAAUUUGUUGUACUAAAAGAAAUGUCUGGAUCUAUUAUUUUGCAAAUGUAAGCAGCAAAGUAUACCGCUGAUGCUGGGCAUAACUUAGCCUAAUGUGUAAAGGCUGUUGCUUUAAGUCAAAACACAAUAUUCAAGAAAACUAGGGAGUAUUUACCUGCAUUUUAAAUGAGCAGUCUCCUGAUUUAUCAAGCCAGCACUUGUAAUUGUACCCCAAAUUAAUUGUUUACAUUUUUCAUUUAAUAUUUAUCAAGAGUAUCCUAGCAUUUGCCAAUCGAUGUAUUUAAUCGGAUAUGUAUAACAGGUUAUUUUGUUAAAGUUGACACUUCAUUUGUAUUCGAACCAAAACUGGAAUCUGUCCUGUUAGUCAUAUACUUAUUUCCACAUGUCCCAAGGAAUGCUAUAAAUAUUUGUUCUGUUUUUUUAUUUUAUUUUAUUUUUUCCUUUGUCCUAUUCCAAGUGAUCACAUGUUGUGGUUAUGUUUGAAGGGGAGGGAGAUUUAAGAAAUUUGAAUUGUCUUGCCAUCCCAGCAACCCCCUUGAGCGGAUGCUCCUAGUUAUUCAGUGGUUGAAACUGUCUAAUUGUUAUAUAUCAGUCCGUGAUAAUGCAUUACUAAAGUCUCGCCAGCUUUGGAACACUGCACAGUUUGGUUACCGGUGUUUGGAAGGAUUAGAAACCAAAGUGCAAAAAAAGGUUAAGGCCUUUCACUUUCCGAGCUCAUAUAGAACGUUGUAAUUUGUAUCUACAGGGUUGUAAUUGCAUAGCAGACAGUAGUUCUGCUUAGCCCUGAAGUAAAUGCCUGUACCUUUUUAAAUUCAGUUUUUUUUUUUUUUUUUUUUUUUUUUUUAAUUUAAGAACAGCAUAAUCAUUCCCAAUGAAAGAUGAUUACUGUUAUGAAGAUCUGGCUAUAAUAAAGGAAGCUGUGUAUUUGGCAUCAACAUCAAAUAAAAACAACUUUCAUGCUGCUUGAA